CGGAACGCGACUGGUUCGGCCAGGACUCCCUCCAAUCAGCAGAGAGCGACGCUCCUCUUUGAGGAAGUGACGCAUUCGGAACCCAGUGGGGCCGGUGGGAGCGAUGCGGACGCUGAGACGCUGGUAGUGGUGCCGUGAAGAUGGAGUUUCCCGGAGGAAAUGACAAUUACCUGACGAUCACUGGGCCCUCUCAUCCCUUCCUGUCAGGGGCCGAGACAUUCCAUACACCAAGCUUGGGCGAUGAGGAAUUUGAAAUCCCACCUAUCUCUUUGGAUUCUGAUCCCUCCCUGGCUGUCUCAGAUGUGGUUGGACACUUUGAUGACCUGGCAGACCCCUCUUCUUCACAGGAUGGCAGCUUUGCAGCUCAAUAUGGAGUUCAGACAUUGGACAUGCCUGUGGGCAUGACUCACGGCUUGAUGGAGCAGGGUGGGGGGCUCCUGAGUGGGGGCUUGACUAUGGACCUGGACCAUUCUAUAGGAACUCAGUAUAGUGCCAACCCACCUGUUACAAUUGAUGUACCAAUGACAGACAUGACAUCUGGCUUAAUGGGACAUAGCCAGUUGACCACUAUUGAUCAGUCAGAACUAAGUUCUCAACUUGGUUUGAGCUUAGGAGGUAGCACCAUCUUGCCACCUGCCCAGUCACCCGAGGAUCGUCUUUCGACUACUCCUUCACCUACCAAUUCACUUCAUGAGGAUGGUGUUGAUGACUUCCGAAGGCAACUUCCCAGCCAGAAGACAGUGGUAGUGGAAACAGGGAAAAAGCAAAAGGCUCCCAAGAAAAGAAAAAAGAAAGACCCUAAUGAACCUCAGAAGCCAGUCUCUGCAUAUGCAUUAUUCUUUCGUGAUACUCAGGCUGCCAUCAAGGGACAGAACCCUAAUGCUACCUUUGGUGAGGUUUCGAAGAUUGUGGCUUCCAUGUGGGACAGUCUUGGAGAAGAGCAAAAACAGGUAUAUAAGCGGAAAACUGAAGCUGCCAAGAAAGAGUAUCUCAAAGCACUAGCUGCUUAUAAAGACAACCAGGAGUGUCAGGCUACUGUGGAAACAGUGGAAUUAGAUCCCGUCCCACAGUCACAGACUCCUUCACCACCUCCUGUAACUACUGCUGACCCAGCAUCUCCAGCACCAGUUUCAACGGAGUCACCUGCUUUGUCCCCUUGCAUUGUAGUUAAUUCCACACUUUCAUCUUAUGUGGCAAACCAGGCAUCCUCAGGGGCUGGAGGUCAGCCCAACAUUACCAAAUUGAUUAUCACCAAACAAAUGUUGCCCUCUUCUAUUACCAUGUCUCAAGGAGGAAUGGUUACUGUUAUCCCAGCUACAGUGGUUACCUCCCGUGGGCUUCAAUUAGGCCAAACAAGUACAGCUACUAUUCAGCCCAGCCAACAGGCCCAGAUUGUCACUCGGUCAGUGUUGCAGGCAGCUGCAGCUGCUGCUGCUUCUAUGCAACUGCCUCCACCCCGACUACAGCCUCCUCCAUUGCAACAGAUGCCUCAGCCCCCAACUCAACAGCAAGUCACUAUUCUGCAGCAACCUCCUCCACUUCAGGCCAUGCAACAGCCUCCACCUCAGAAAGUUAGAAUAAAUUUACAACAGCAGCCACCACCUCUGCAGAGCAAGGUUGUGCCUCCACCCACUCUGAAAAUGCAGACUGCCCUAAUUCCUCCAGUUGUGGAAAGCAGCCCUGAGCAACCUCUUAACUGCAGCCCUGAGGCCCAUACAGCAGAGGCAACCUCUCCUGAGACAAUCUGUGAAAUGAUCACAGAUGUAGUUCCUGAGGUGGAGUCUCCUUCUCAGAUGGAUGUUGAAUUGGUGAGCGGAUCCCCUGUGACACUGUCACCUCAGCCUCGAUGUGUGAGGUCUGGUUGUGAGAACCCUCCUGUUAUCAGUAAGGAUUGGGACAACGAAUACUGCAGCAAUGAGUGUGUGGUGAAACAUUGCAGGGAUGUAUUCUUGGCCUGGGUGGCCUCUAGAAAUCCAAACUCUGUGGUGUUUGUGAAGUAGCCUUUCUGUUUCUCCAAGCUUUGAAGAUUCAUCUACCAGACAAAAGUCCAAGAUCCUGUUUUUGAGACACAAGCUGGGCUUCUUCUGGUAGUGCCUGACCUUUACACCCAUAUUCCUUCAUGUCACCAUCUUUUCUUUCUUCAGCAGAGGCCAGACUAUGUAGCAGAGCCAGUGAAUUUACUAUAAUUUGGAAUUGUUUUUCACUUUGGACUAUAAGCAAAUUUACCAGGUUAUAUAGCACAGGGAAGGGAGAAGGGAAUAUGGAAGCAAACCAUAGGGGGUUAUUAGAAGAAAUGUGUGGGUAAAAUUGUCUCAAUUUUAGGACUUGCUUAAAAUGUUAUUGGGAAAGUGCUUAGCUCUGUCCCUAGGAGGAAAUAGCACUGGGUCAAGAGGCUUAGGGUUACAGCUCAGUGGUAAGUGCAUUGAAUUUAAUCCCAAAUUAAAGAGGAAUGAAAGUACUACUUAAAAUACUCCCUUUAAAGAGGGAGCUACUAUUAUUAAUCUACACAGUGCUUUAAGAACAAAGGUUUGCUGGGCUGGGGGUAUGGCCUAGCACUAACAAAACUGAGUUCAGCCCCCAGGCAGAAAGAUCAGGAGUUCAAGGUUAUCUUUGGCCACAAGUGAGUUUGAGGCCAGUCUAGGCUACAUGAGGCAAAAGUGGAAGAAAGGCUUUGUAGACGUAGUGGCCCAUGCCUUUAAUCCCAGUAUUUUGGAGGUGGACAUAGGAUUUCUAUGAGUUAAAAGUCAAUCUGAAUUUACAUAAUAGACUGCAUUCAAAAAAACAGAGGCUGAGGUUGGGUAUGGUUACACUCUCCUUUAAUCUCAGCACUUGGGAGGUAGAGGAGUUUGAAGCUAGCCAGGAUUACAUACAUAGUGAGAUCCUGUCUUAAGGUUUCCCCCCCCUCCCCAUCACACACACCCAUCACCACCACCACCACCACCUACCUAUACACACCUACACACCUGUCUCCACACAUUAGGCUGGAGGGAAAAUAACACCAUCCAGGACUAUUGUUUUUGGGGUUUUUUUUUUUGUUUGUUUGUUGUUUCUGAAGACAGGGUUCCUCUUUGUAAUAGUCCUAGUUUUCCUGUAACUCUCUCUGUAGACCAGGCUGGCCUCUGCCUCCUGAGUGCUGGCCCUAAAGGUGUGUGCCACCACCGCCCAGCUAGGCUUUUUUUUUUUGCACUAAAAGUAUUCUAGUAUUCUGCAUUCAAAACUUUGUUUACCUGAUUUGGUUACCAGUUUUGCAUGUAAGAGGCAGAACUCCACCUUUAAUGAGAAGUUUUACAAAGUAAAGAAGUUGUGUUUGAUGAAAUAGCUUUUAAAUGCGCUUUCAUUUACAUAAUGCAUAAGCCAGUUCUUUCAUAUUGUAGGUUCUUCUUUAACUGAAGAUGAUCUUAUUUUUCUUAAAAAUAAGCUACAGAAUAAUAAACCAGUAGAGCCACAUAGAAUAAGCAAAACAUAUGCCUGGUAAAAACUAAGUGAAAUUCAAAUUAAUCCUGUCCGUGGUGUGCUAAUUGAUAAACACUAUGAACCUGUGUAGUCCUAUUUAUAAUGAUCACAUGUUAAUGCUAUUCCAUAUGUCCAUUUAAUUUGAACAUUCACAACUAAUGAAGUUCUUACAAUGAAUCAUACAGAGAGAAGAGUUCAUGUGCACAUGAACACAUGCUAAGUGGUAAAGCCAGAGUUUCACUUCAAAAAUCCCAAUUAGAACACAAACUUUUAUUUAAAUAUGGGGUGGGGGCACUGUUGUGUAAACACUCCUCUUAAAAUGUGGCCUGUAGAGCCAUAGCUGAGUGCUCAGCUUUAUAAGGAAGUGCUUCUAUAAAUUCUUAGGUUUAGAGAUGAUACCAUCUGGAUACCUUUGCUUAAACCGGGCAACCACAUCUGGGUCUAGUAGGUGUAUCCCAUCCAAUUGGUUUCCAAGAGUAAUCCUAAAAGGAAGGGGUCAAGAGGAGGCAAACCAAAAAAAAUCCUGUAAGGCUUUAGUGUACUGCUUAUACCAAGUUUUGUUUCUUUAGGUCUCUCAGGCUGUCCUGGAACUCUCUAUGUAGACAGGGCUAACCUUGAACCCAUUCAGAUCUGCUACCUCUGCCUCCCAGGUGUUGGGGCUAAAGAUGUGUUCCACUAUGCCCAGCCCAUGUCAGUUUUUAAAAAAAAGAUCAUUAAGAAGUAUAUGGCAGUGUGACCACUCAGGAAGUGGUACAGAUGCAGAUAUUAAAACUGGCAGGAUUUUUAUUUCUUUGGUGGUGGUAGAGAUACUGGGGAUUGAAUCUAGGGGUCUUACAUUUAUAUACUAUAACACUGAGAUAUAUCAGCGAAUAGCCCCACCCCCUUUUUUUUUACAGAUCUCAUCUCACUAAAUUAAAUUCAUUAUGUAGCCUAGGGAAACCUUAAGCUUAUAAUCCUUCUGCCUCAGACUGUCACAGGAUCCAGCAGAUCUAUACACUUAAAGAUCAGUAACUGAGGUUAGUCAGGCAUAUUUCAUUCAUAGUCAUUGUCAAUGAAUAAUCUUUGGAUAACUUAAAAUGCCAGCCAUAGGAGUCAUCAUUAAAAUUGGCAGAUUAAACAAAUGCUUAGUAGCCACUAGGGGGCAGAUUUAAUAAAUCCCAUAGAUUAGUUGAGGAUCCUUAAACUUUGGAUUCUAGUGAAUGUUAAGAUUCCAGCGUUCUUUAAAAGCCCACCUAUAGACUUAACUACCAGAAUAUUUACAAGUCACUGAUUUCUGUCCUUGCCUAUAAAGUUUUGCCCUGUUCUUUAGUAAUGUUACCAGUUGGGUUGCACAUUGUGUGGUCGUCCAAAUAACUCAAUCUUGCGGGUACCAGGGGACAAUCUCUCAAUCAUGCCAUAUAUUUCAUCUGGUUUAUGACUGGUGGAACGAACCUAGAAAACAAACACCAAGUUACUUAAAGUUAAGGUUGCGGGGCUAGAGAGAUAGCUCAGCAGUUAAAAGCACUGGUGCUCUUCCAGAGGACCUGGGUUCAAUUCUCAGCACCCUCAUGGCAGAACAGAAGUAUCUGUAAUUCCAGUUCCAUGGGAUCCAACACCCUCACAAACAAUUAUAUUCGGGUAAAACACUAACACAUGAAGUGAAGAUAUUUUUCAAAAGUUCUUCAAGACUGCAAUUCUAGCCCUGUCUGUAAAUUAUCCAAAUGAAUAAAGUUGGAGGCUAUUCCUGA